AUGGAUCUCACGUUCUCUAAACUUUACGUCUAUAAUUUGGACGAUGAUGUUUUAGACUCGUUGAAGCUAAUGUAUUUCGAUUCUGGCACUUAUGAGCAGAAGACAGAGGACGAAUACAUUAAGCACAAGAAAGCCAGUGAAUCUGAUUACGUCCAACAGACACAGCAGUUUGCAAUUGCACCUAUAAUUAAGCCAAAGCCUAGGAAUGUUCCAAAACCACAAGAAAGCGAUUAUGACAAGUACAAUAAAAGACGUCAGGCCAAUAAGCUCGAGCCUUUAACAGAGGAAGAAUUUGAGGCCCGAAUGGAUCAGUUGAGUAUCUCUGACGACGACGACGAAGAAGAAGAAGAAGGAGAAACGUUGCCAGAUAUUCCUGAAGCAUCUGAUGGUGCACAGACCACUUCAAUAAGCUUCAUCUACACCAGAUCGCCGUGCAUUCUCUUUAACUCGUCUCUAUUGCCUCAUGACAAAUGCUUCAGUGUGUAUAAGACCACUUUAGACGUUUCAGGCUUCGAUUCUGAGCCAUUCAAGACCAUAAAAGCGUUUAAUACACUGCAAAUGAAAGAAACUCUCUCACAAAGAAUGUCUGCGUUGUUCAUGAUUGGUGGAGGACAUUUUGCUGGAGCCAUCAUUUCUCAUAAGCCUAUUGCUACCAAGGGUAACAAGGGAACUCCGGAAGAGUUGCGAUUACAGUCGGUAAACUUCGUUGUUCACAAAACUUUCCAUAGAUACACUACUAGAAGAAAGCAGGGUGGUUCACAGAGUGCCUCAGACAAUGCCAGGGGUAAAGCCAAUAGUGCGGGCUCCAGUUUGAGGCGUUACAACGAACAGGCGCUUCAACAAGAAGUUGAGCAAUUGCUACAAUCUUGGAAGCCUUAUUUGGACAAAUGUGAGAAGAUAUUCAUCAAGGCCAAUGGUGCUUAUUCGCACAAAUCUUUAGUGAGUAAGAAUACAGGUGCAGCAAUCAGUGUGGGCGAUAAAAGAAUCCGACUCUUCCCUUUCACCACCAAAAGACCUACAACGAUGGAGCUACGUAGGGCUUGGUGUGAGUUAUCAUAUUUGAAAGUGGUAGAUGUUCCAGAAGAUAAUCGUGCUGCUUUUGAGAGAGAGAUGAAACGGAAUGAAUUCUUGGAGAAGUCUAAGCAGCAGUCAAAGCAGCCGCCGCAGAACAGUCCUAGGAAGAUCAGUGAGCAAGAAAGAAUCACCAACGAGCUAAUUGCAUUGCUCAGAAAGUCCAAAGCACCUGCACUCAUCUCAUACGUGCGCACUAAUAAAGUGAACGUGAACAUGUCGCUUGAACCUGUAUCUGAAUACUGCAGACAUACUCCAACAUUGCUUCAUUAUGCAUCAAAAAAUGGUCUUCAUAGAAUGUGCCAGGUGCUAUUGACCAGCUUAAAGGCAGAUCCGACUAUUGAGAAUGUCGUGGGAAGAACGGCCUACCAAAUUGCUUCUGACUCAACGACAAAAUGUGCAUUUGAAAUUGCUAGGUAUAAUCUUGGAGAAGAUUACUGUAAGUGGGAGGAAGACGCUAAAGUUCCUGAAGCAAGGAGUAGAGAAGAAGUGGAUAAACUAAUAAGUGAGGAAAAGGAAAAGGAGAAGGAAGAAACCAAGAAAGUACACGAGGAAGAGUUGGAAAGUGCCAGAAAAGGGAUUAAAGAGAGGCAUGACAAGAAGUUCGGCAAGGGAAGAACGAUCGGAUUGGUAAACGAGCAGACAAAGCUGGAAGCGUUGUCUCCCGAGCAGCGAAUGCGUGUAAUGAGAGAGCAAAGGGCCAGAGCGGCCGAAGCAAGACUGAGAAAGAACCCAUAG